UCUUUAGUUUAUAUUAGCCACUGCAACGUACAAAGAGGAGGAGGUAUAUAAAUCCGGAUCAGCGGUGCUGUUUGGUUAAUUUCAGUCUGCUGUCAAACGACAAGUUUUUUUGAUCUGGAAACAUGUUGGAACCAAUAUUCCUGAUCAAUAUUCUUCUGUCCUCCAUUUUUAACUCGUGUUCUUAUUUAAACCACCUACAAACAAAUCUUUGUUUCCCUUCUGCAAAUGCAAGCCUUUUUCAAUGGGGACUUAAUUCCGUACAGAGAUUUAGGAAAACAAGUUGUCUAAUUUCUCCUAACAAUUACAUGGGGACUAGUUAGAUUACUCAAAAGAUAAAACUUUGGUAUGAGUUCCCUCAUCUAGGGCUGUAGAUGGUAAUUCCUUGUUUGAUGAGAAAGCAUUUGAUGUUUAUGUUCAUCUUCACUCGCGGCCUGCAAUUUUCGUUUUUGAUGAAUAUUAGAAGUCAAUGCUAGCAAUUAUGGAGAUGAAUAAUAAAAUUCCAUAAUUUGAAAAUGUUUUUAUAAGUUAAAGUGUUGCUUUUAAUAGGAUUAAGCAACCUCAAGUUCCUUCACAUCUCCAGGCGAACGGGCACCAACCCUAAUUAAGGGCAUAUGGUUGCUUCCAUAGCAAACAACUCAAAAACCCUUUUCUCGGUUUUCAAUACUACUCAAAGUACUCCUUUGCCUACCAUUAGAAAAUACACCAGAAAAUAACUCAGAUUUUUCUUGCCUGCCAAAGAAAAGUUUGGUCUAAGCAAAUUGACUUAAAGAUGUCACAAACUGAAAUGACUUCUUGAUUUUGCGUUGAUAAAAAGGUCUUGAUCGUGGCAACUGGUAAAAUAAAAAUGCAGGCCUUAUAGACUAUUCACCUUUUUCCAUUUCCUCAUGCAACAUAUAAACUAUUUCCUUCUUUUUUUCUUGAACUCUUAUAUAAACUAUUUCCUGAAAAAGACAAUCUACAUUAAUGUUAAUGAAUCGUUUACUAUGAGAAAGUCUAAAAGUUUGCAAAUAACUUUGAGCAUUUUUCAGGGCAUCUGUUGUCAUUUAAGUAUCAUAGAAGUCGAGCCUCUGAAGCAACUGCUCGAUUCAAUUUCGAUGAGGUCCUUCACCUUAGUUUCUAUUUUGGCAGUUUUCCCUCUUAUAAUCAUGCUCGCAGUGACUUAUCAAGAUCAAGUGCUUAAUGCAAUUGAGGGAUUCGCUGAGUUCAAGGUUCUAGGAGGAAAAUCUCAAAACGUUGCACAAUUUGGUGAUGGUGCAGGAUAUGAUUCUUCUCGACCUGCUAACAUUUCUGAUGACCAACUGCUUGGUGGAUUCCUGGAUUCAGGAUAUGAUAUGAGAAUCUUGCUUAAGCAGAUACCAAUCUUUCCUAUUCCGCAAACCUUCACCUUAUAAACCUUCUUCUUACCUCCUUUCCAAACUACACAAUUACGAAAAUCUCCAUAAACACUGUGGUCCUUACACAGAAUCCUAUAACAGAACACUCAAAGUGCUUGAUUCCAGCAACGUUUCUAGUUCUACAGAGUGUAAAUACAUGGUCUGGAUAGGUCAUGCAGGCUUGGGGAACAGGAUACUAACAAUGGCCUCAGCAUUUCUCUACGCUCUCCUUACAAACCAAACUUUACUUGUUCAACAUGAUGCUGAUAUGGCUGAUCUAUUUUGCGAGCCAUUUCCUAAUACAUCAUGGUUACUGCCUCCAGAUUUUACCCUGAAGAAUGAGCUCAGUAAGGUUGUGAUGGAUCAAAUUUUAGCUUGUACCAAACAAGAAUAUUUGCUGCCAGAAGUAGACAAAGAAGAACUUGUAGCCUCUCGGACGAAAAGCCAGACACCAUCAAAAGCUAUACUAAUAGCAUCUUUAUACUCAGAAUUUUAUGAGAAUUUGAAGUACAUGUACUGGACAUUUCCAACAAAAAAAGGGGAGGCAAUUGAGGUUUAUCAGCCAGCCCAUGAAGAGUAUCAACAUUUUGGUGACAAUAUGCACAAUGUAAAGGCAUGGGUUGAAAUGAAUCUAUUAAGUUUGAGUGAUGUACUAGUGACUACCUCAUGGUCAACCUUCAGAUAUGUAGCUCAAGGCCUUGGUGGCUUGAAGCCAUGGAUCCUGUACAGGCCUGAGAACUGGAAGAACACAGAUCCGGCUUGUUAUAGAGUCACUUCAAUGGAACCCUGUCUCCACAUACCACCUAGUUUUGACUGCAAAACAAAGGUAAAUGCUGAUAUGGGUAACGUUGUUCCUUAUGUCAAGCACUGCGAGGAUGUAACUUAAGGACUCAAGUUUGUUAACAACUUUACUGCAUAAUCCCAGCUAGAGAUUGAUUAUUA